AUGGCCCUUGCGGAAGUCAACAAGCACAUGAAUAAGGAGUCCAGCAACACUAAGAAACAGCUAAUUGCUGAUGAACAAUUUCCAGCAUACUUUACACCACCCGUGGGUGCUGUUUCUGAAGGAGAGGUCCUACACCUCUUAUUUGCUUCUCCUGAGGCUUGGAAAGAGCUGCACGAUGCAGUUUGGCGACUGUUGCAGGAGAUGUAA